AUGGAUAAAAUCGUCAGAAUACCGCAACUGAGACAUUUACUCGGGGAGUUUCCCGGGAAUAUGAAGUUCUGCUUCGCUUACGGAUCAGGUGCGUUUAAACAGAUUAAUAACGAUGGCGAUAACAUGCUGGAUCUCAUAUUCGUGGUACGAAACGCUAACAAGUGGCACACCGAGAAUCUGACAAAAAAUCCCAAGCAUUACGCUCAACCGUUGAGAUUUCUUGGCCCUAAAGCGAUCACUAAUGUCCAAGAAGGAUUGGGCGCCAAGAUAUUUUACAACACAUUGGUGAGAACGAGCGAAGGCCAACUCAUCAAGUACGGAGUAAUCUCUGAAGUUUCCUUAGUGGAGGAUUUGUUGGACUGGAACGAUCUGUAUUUGGCUGGGAGAUUGCACAAACCGGUUAAAGUAUUGGUGGAGCCGGACGAGAGUUCUCAACUGCGCACCGCUCUAGUGCAGAAUUUACAUUCGGCCGUACACGCAGCCCUGCUGUUGUUGCCCGAGCAUUUUACGGAGGUUGACUUCUUCAAAAGAAUCACCAGUCUGUCCUACCACGGCGAUUUUCGAAUGAUCUUCGGCGAGAAUAAAGAUAAGAUCAGCAACAUCGUGUUGCCACAGUUGCAUCAUUUCAAGCAGUUGUACGAACCAAUCUUGAAACAUUUCGACAAUUACGUAGAUAUUCCAAAGUCAGAUCACAUGGCUGUCACGUGUCAUCAGGACACUAGUCCGGCGACUAGAGUCCAUCACUUGAAUCACUUACCCAGAACACCGCAGGUUAAACUAGUCAGGGCAUGGUCUCACGGCCCAAGAUCGAAAGAUACGGAAGAUUGCCUGCGCGCGAUCGCACACGAUCCGGAGUGUUGCGAGAUAUUGGAGCGGUGCUUGAAAGAGAUCGUUUGGAGGUCCAGCGUGACGCAAAGCCUAAAGGGAAUCGUAACUGCCGGGCUCGUAAAGUCCGUUAAGUACAGCAGCGCCAAGAUAAUUAAGAUGUUACAAUCCAAUCCACUACCUGAUCCGAAUAAAAUCAAUAAAAUUGUUCAGACCGUUGUGAAGAAGACAGAGUCUAAGAACGCCGAGAAGCGCGUCGAGUAG